AAGCAAGUAAGAAGCCACACGUAAUCGCAUCCAUCACACGAGCUUGCUUAGCAUCGCCACCUGCUCUUAAAAAGAGAAUGGCGGGGUACUACAACGGCGGCGGCAGGACCAUGUCCUACUCCAACACCGACGAGUGCUUCGACGGCGGCAGGACCAUGUACUCCAACACCACCGAGGAGUGCUACGACGCCGGCAAGCACGGCCACGGCCACGGGCACGGGCACGGCCAUGGCCACGGCGGGGCAAACAUGUACUCCAACACCACUGACGUGGAGUGCUUCGACUCCGGCAGGCACGGCCACGACGGCGGCGGCAGGACCAUGUACUCCAACACCGUCGACGAGGAGUGUUUCGACUCCGGCAGGCACGGGCAUGGGCAUGGGCAUGGACACGGGCACGGCUACGGGCACAACGACGGCAGGGCCAUGUCCUACUCCACCACCACCGAGGAAUGCUUCGGCGGAGGCGAGCAGGGGCAGGGGUACUACAAGAAGGAGGUGCAGCAGCACAAGAACAGGGAGCGCGUCGGCGAGGUCGGCGCCCUCGCCGCGGGUGCCUUCGCCCUGUACGAGGGGUACGAGGUGAAGAAGGACCCGGCGCACGCGAGGAAGCACCAGAUCGAGGCCGGCGUGGCGGGCGCGGCGGCGCUCGGCGCCGGCGGCUACGCGUACCACGAGCACCGCGAGCAGAAGCAGGCCGCGUACGGCGGGCAGCAGGAGUACAGGAUGCCCGUCCACAACAGCUACUGCAACUGAGUAAUCAUGCAUGCAUCCAACGUCCACCGAUCGUCGUAUAGACUCCAAUAAGAUCGAUACAGCAUCAUGCAUGCAUGCAUGCAUGUGUUGCUUACGCACUCUUAUAAUAUCGGUGUCUCUGCAAUAAGCUAGCUACAUGCGUUCGUGCUACUGGUCACGUGCUCUGUGGUGUAACCUGCGUCUGGUACAAUAUGGUCGCCAGUAUUUAUGUGUGUAUGGAUUGUGUGGUCUUGAAAAAUAAUAAGAAAUCUUAUACUAGUAUAUUAUAUCAUCAA